CACUUCUGCUCUCGGCUUGAUCACAUCCCCGUCUCCUGUCCCGUCCACUGCCCUGGUUCCCGCGCCAUCCCCAACAUCGUCGUCACAACCAUUCUCGCCAUCCAGAAUCCCUCCCGCUCUGCAAAUGACAAGCCACUUCCUCGCCGGCCCAGUACCGCACCUCGACAAGAACGAGCGCCUGCAGCCCUCAUAUCCUCCCGACUACGCACUCGAUCUGAUCGGCCAUUCCUUUGUCCACAGCGAUGCCUUCCCGGCCGAUCUGUCCCCCGUCGCCAUCAACGGCUCCUGCUACGUGUCCCCCAUGCCGACCCCCAUCAUCCACGAGCAGCUCCUGCCGCCCUUCCUCGGCUCCUCCCUCGGCUCCUCCCUCGGCUCCUCCCUGGCGAUGGCCCAUCCCCUCGUUGCCACCCCGGUCUCGCAGUCCUUCACCAUCGUCCCGAAGCUCUUCCUGGACCCGUCCGAUCCAGGCCACCCUGACUUUGGCCUCCCCAACUACCUCGUGCCCUCCCACACCCCCCUGGCUCCGGCCUAUCUCUCGGCUGCCGACUGGACGAUUCUCUCGACCGUCCCUAGCGCUGCGUCUUCCUGCGUCUCCUCCUGCGUCUCUUCUCCCUCCAUUGAAGACCGCCCUUCUGUCGACGUCCUUAGCGACCGCGAAGGCAAGAUCGACUCGACCUGGCUGGACUGCUUCAACAUCCAGGCUGCCGAAGAUCUCUCCGGCCCGUUCGGCUACUCCUCGGACUUUCCCUCUGUUUCAGGCAUGGUCAACAUCUUCACCGAGGUCCCCUUUGCCGAGCUGCCGCCUUACAGACCCGACGACCUUCGAUUCGAUGAUACCCCCCACACCAACACCAUGGGCUUGAUCGACCGCUCGGCUCCUGCUGCUGUUGCUGCUGUCUCCAUGCCCUCGCACCUCCCCGACCUCUCGUCCGCAAUGUCCGAUAUUUUCUCGACCGACCUGCCCGCUGAGGCUUGUGUUUCCCACAGGGACUCCACCCCGAGCAGCAACUGGCUCGGCCAAACGCAACUGACAUCGUUCUCGCCUUAUGAGGACGACGACAGCGACGACGCUGACCAUGUUCUUGCCUACCAGCCGUCUGUCCAACGCCAAAACAUCACCGGCAACUCGCUGAUCGACACCCACCAGCUCUCGGCCGACACACCUUCCAUGGCCCAUCGCUCGCCCCCGCUCGAGGACCCGCAGUUUAUCUCGACCGAGCAGCUGCUCGGCUGUCCGCUCAUUUCGCUGCCUGAGCCCCGCAUUUCCCUGGCCCGCUCCUGCGACCAGGGCGUCAAGCGCAAGCGCUCGCGCAUCGUCAAGCGGAUCGACGCCCCCAUCACCCCGGCUUCGUCUCCGCCGCCGCCCCAGCGCCGGAAGAGCAGCUACUCGCUCCGGAAUCGCAUCCGCGCCGCCAGCCCCAUCAACACCUCCAAACCCCUGUUUAUGCUGGCGAGCCUGAUGGGCUCCCCGCAGCUGUCGGCCGAGGCACAGAUGGAUCUCCGUGCCGAGUGGGUUGAUGUCCAACCUGUCCGCAUCACCCGGUCCAAAGCCUCGCAACUGCUCGGCAAGAGCUCUCCGAGCGAGCGGCGAAUGUCCUUUGACAGCUCGUACGAGUUCUCUUUCGAGGACCAGAGCCCGUCUCGCGAGGGCAGUCCCUUCUUCGACACCCACAGCCUGCCGCGCUCUCCUUCGCCCGCCAGCAGCACCUCGACCCUGACCACCGACCUGGACUACUGCCCCAGCGAGGACGAGGCCCAGUCCAAAGCUGCCCACGACGACAACGACGAAGGCAACGGCGAUGACCGCGGCGAUGACGACAGCCACAGCGUUGCUGGCAAGCCCGAGUCGCGAAAGGCCGCCUCGGCUUCGGACCAUGAUGGUCGCCGCAAACGGCCCCGGUCGUCCUUUGGAGACGACGGCCACCGACCGACCAUCGUUGGCCCAUCGACUGCUGCUACCUUGAGCAAGACCCUUGGCCGAAACGGCAGUCGCCGCAAGGAGGCCAAGUCGGCCUUCCGGUGCUCGGAAUGUAGCCGCGGGUUUGUGCGCAAGCACGACCUGAAGCGACACCAGAUGAUCCACGACAAGAACCAGAUUCUGCAUGCCUGCACCAUUUGCGGAACAACAUUCACUCGCACAGACGCUCUCCAGCGCCAUGUCAAGGGCAAGCGCUGCAAGGGCAAAGCCGAAUGAAUGUGGUAUUUUCGAACUGUCGUUGCUGCGGUGUCUCGGGCCUUGCUUCUCAUGCAGCUCCCCGGCACCCGAUUCCAACCGCUC